AUUGACGAAUACGUUGUCAGCUUUCCACGUCGCGACAUCAGUAGAAGCCGGUUCUGUUGCUCAGAAGCAUUGUACUCAGGUGUUGCUUCUGAAGUCAGUGCUUGAAAACAGAAUUAAAAUUAUUCUUCAUAACAGAAAAAAAAAUUAGAAAACAUCAGAAAAAUGAAGAAAUGUUGCAUUUUUUUACUGAUAUUCAUUUCAUCAGUUAUUUUAACAGUGAACAAAGCCUAUGCUCAAGAGGAUGAAAAUAUAGACGAUAUAGUAGACAUCGAAGGAGAAGAUAAUUCUGUAAUAACAGAUGAAGAACCUGAAGAUGAAGUAACUACUACCUCUACUGAUGUUGAUACAACUGUAUUGUUUAAUAAACCUGUUUAUAAUGGAUUAUCAACCUUAGAAUUACCAGCUGGAAACUUAGUUGAAUUACUUGUUGGUUUUGCCAACAAAGGUGAAUAUGAUUUCAUUUUGGAAUCUUUGGAUGCAUCUUUUCGUUAUGCGAUGGACUUCAACUUCUAUAUUCAAAAUUUCUCAACUGUUGCAUACAACAAAAUUGUAAAGCCAAAGCACGAAGCAACUUUAGCAUAUUCGUUCAUUCCAUCAGAAAAUCUUGCAGGAAGGCCUUUUGGCUUCAACAUUAAUUUAAAUUACAGAGAUGCUAAUGGUAUUAGCUACAGUGAAGCUGUUUACAAUGAAACAGUUCAGAUCAUAGAAUUAGACGAUGGUCUUGAUGGAGAAACAGUUUUCCUAUAUGUAUUUUUAGCUGCAUGUGUGAUACUAACCCUUGUAGGAGGACAACAACUUCUUUCAUCUCUUGGUCGUAAAUCGCGUUCUUCUAGUAGUCGUAAAACACCUGUGGAAAUGGGCACAUCCAAUCCUAACAAUGUAGAUUAUGAUUGGCUGCCAAAAGAAACAUUAAAUAGAAUUAAUAAGUCUCCCAGAACUCCCAGACAAAGUCCUAGGCAACGAAGGACUAAAAAAACAGUUGAUGAUUAAAUCAUGUUUUAUUUACGUGUAUGCAUAUGUACGCUUAAAUCUAAAUGUAUGUAUGUACAUGUAUGCAUAUAUUCUUAAUAAGUAUAUAUGCAAAUAAGAUACAUGGCUUUAUAAAAUAAUUUUUUAGCAACAAAUUUGUACAUUGUCUACAAUAUUAAGAAGGCAGGCAGUUAUCAUCACUAUUUACUUGACAAAAUUCAAAACAUAUUCAUUAUAAAAAAAAA